AUGCUCUCUAUUCGCUCCAUCGUGACCAAGAGCCGUCUAAAUGUGCUAAGCUUGUUUCACAGACAUACAGAUGAACGCACUGUCAAUCUCAAUCCGGUCCGUUUGCUUUCCAUGCUUACGUUCACAGAUUGGUGUACAUUUCUCUCAGCAUACUUUUGUGUGAUGAUUGACUUUUUCGAGUAUAGUACAGUUGCCGUUGAAUCGGUUGAAGUGGCAAAGUACUUCAAAACCACAAAUACGGCCAUAAGCUCGGGUUUGACAUUGUCAAUGCUUACUCGUGUCAUUGGCGCAAUCAUUUUUGGUCUUUUGGGUGAUUGUGGAAGAAAGAAACCAUUGAUAGUGAAUUGUCUUUAUCUUUCAAUAAUGCAAAUCCUCACAACAAAAUGUACAAAUUUACAGGGAUUCUUGAUUUGUCGGACAUUUUAUGGAAUUGGGAUGGGUGGCAUUUUUGGAAACGCAAUUCAAAGUGUUUUGGAUCGUUCGCCAAUCGAAACAAAAGGUCUUACGACUGGACUUUUAUGGAGCGCAGGCGAUAUGGCAAUCUUUUUGACAGCAGGCGUAAAGAUGGCUCUAGACAAACACCAAGGUGAUCGUCAUGAUUGGAGAACAAUCUUUUACGUUGGUGCUGUCUUUUCCGCUUUGGCUGCACUUUUUCGUUUCUUCGUUACCGAAUCACCGCAAUUCACUCAAAUGAAAAAAUUGCAAGAAAAAGCAAAAGAUGUCAAAGUGAGAGUGUCUACGUUUAUGAAAAAUUUCCGCGAAAUGCUCAAGCUACAUUGGGGAACGUUCGUUUAUUCAAGUUUGUUUGUAGGGCUUCUUUGUUCUGCUUCCCAUGCCUGUGCAGACACGUACCCCGUAUUUCUUGCAGAAGGGAAGAAGUUGGAUGAUCAAUCGAUCACAAAGACGAUCAUGAUUGUUGCUACCGGUGGAUUCAUUGGAAGUUGUUCAGGUGCAGGCUUGUCACAAAAGACUGGGAGAAGGUUGUGCGUAAUUAUUGCUAUCCUUGUUUCUCUGUGUCUACUACCGGGAUACAUUUUCCCUCGAACUUACCAAGCCUUGAGUGCAGGUGGCUUCUUCUUCAUCAUGGCAGGAAAUACGGCGAUGAGUGUGAUUUCAAUUCACAUUAGUGAGCUCAGUCCACCUGCGUUUCGAUCAGUGAUGGCCGGAACAUCAUAUCAACUCGGAGCAAGCUUAUCAUCUCCCGUUGCAGUAAUCAUCAAUGCAAUCGCAUCCUCUUAUACCAUCAAACAAAGGGAUAAAGAUGGUAUAGUUCAUGAUAUUCAAGCUUAUGGUCCUGUGAUAGGAAUCGCAACAGCAAUAUUGUACGCUUUGGUGCUUUUGUUCACCGCAAUUGGACCGGAGAAACAUUCUGCUCCUAUCGAUAAGUUCAUACCGGCAACGUUCGGCACAACACAGGUUGAUGAUCGUCCAGUCGUUCCUUCGGAUGAGCAACCAUCCGAGCCUAAUGGCGAGGCAACUGUUGCAUAG